AUUAGAAAUACGCGCAUAAAAGGGAUUAUUAGCGACAAUGAGCUCCUCUGUGUUUGUAACGGUAGGGAGCACUUGUUUUGACGCGCUAGUGAAGGCUGUAACUGAGGAACGCUUUAGAAACUUAUUAGGGAGGCUGGGAUACACUGGUCUGACUAUACAGCUGGGACGAGGGGAGGUCCUUCCAGCAGAGGGGUCGGAGGUCAAGUGGUAUCGCUACAAGCCAUCACUACGAGAGGACAUGACAAACGCUUCCCUCAUCAUCAGUCAUGGGGGUGCAGGGUGUAUAGUGGAGAGCCUGUCACUGGGCAAGCCACUGGUGGUGGUCAUCAAUGAGGAGUUGAUGAACAACCAUCAGACUGAGUUAGCCAGACAGCUGUAUAAUGAUGACCAUCUCCUCUACACUACACCAAGUGGCCUCUACGAUGUGAUACUGAACAUCAAGGACAAGAGCUUUGAGAAGUUUGAACCCAAUGACCCCUCACAAUUUGGACUCUUCCUAGAUAGUGUUAUGGGACAUUCGUAACAUUACUUCCUUAUAUGAUAUUAUAAAGAGUUCAUCAUUCAUCAAAAUAAUUAUAGUUGGCAAGAAUGUUAUUAACAAAGUUACAAAGAAUAAUGUUAUUAAUACACUUA